AACUGCAGCAGGAGGUGCACCUUGGUAGCAUCCCGCAGCACCCUGGCUAUUUGCACCCCGGCCUCCCCCCGCGUGUCCUGCUAAGGACGGGGCCGGCCCUUGGUGCCGUACCCACCUGGCAGGGGCUCUCGCAGCCCCUCUCCUUAAACCUAGGGUCCGCCCGGCCGGGAGGCACGCGUGGGCUCGGCUUCCCCGGCCCGCGGAGGGCAGGACAGGGCAAGGUAGGGCAGGGCAGCCCAGCCCCGCCGCUCUCCGGGCUCGGCUCGGCCCGGCCCCCCGAGGCCAGCCCUCCCCCGGCCGGCGCCGAGCGGGACCUGCCCGGGUGGGAGCGGCCGCCCCGCCCGCGGCUGCUCCGCCGCUGAAUUUGCUCCGGCCCCUGCCUCUUUUCGCUCGCACCGAGAACUUUGUUUACAGUCCCUUGUGCAGCGAGCUGCAUCCCCCUCUUAGGCUCUCUGCGGGCUCCUGGCCGCUGCAGUUCUUGCCCGGCGGUCGAGAGGUAAGGAAACCUCCAUACCAGAACACCGUCACCUCCGAUUCAUCAUUCAGCAACAUCUGACACUGCAAAGCCUGGAACAGCUCUUUCUGCUGCCUGACUCUGCCUGGAAUUGACAGACAAGGUAUCUUAAGAUGUCUUCCUCUGCUUGCUGAAACCAAGGAUUUGUUGUGAUGGAUUUCUCAUGGACCUGUGCAAUGUGUGUUCAGCAGAGCCUGCUCUAGCCUAAGAACCAACCAAGUCAAGAGAACCAAGAUGACAAACGAACCUAUUAAAGAGAUCUUGGGCACUCCAAAGCAUCCUGAGCCUGUAACCACGGAGAAAAGUAAUAACAAUGAUUGCGUGAUAACCACCAUCCCUCUUGUUAGCGAAUGCCAGCUGACUGCAGCCACAGGGGGAGCAGAGCUCUCCUGCUACCGCUGCACCAUCCCCUUCGGUGUGGUUAUCCUCAUAGCCGGCAUCGUGGUUACUGCUGUGGCAUACAGCUUCAAUUCCCAUGGAUCAAUCAUCUCAGUGUUUGGAUUAGUCCUCUUGUCAUCAGGACUCCUUUUGUUGGCUUCUAGUGCAGUGUGCUGGAAAAUUAGGCAGCAAAACAAGAAAGCAAAGAGGAGGGAGAGCCAGACAGCACUUGUGGCACAUCAGCGAACCUUGUUUGGUUAAAGACAACCAUGAGAAGGCUGGACAGAAGACAGAGCCUUGUAAGUCAACUUGACUAUUUAUCAGUAGGACACAUUGCAGGUUUUAAUUUAACAUUGGAAAUAAACUGAAAUGGAAACAGAAUGGAUUAAGAAAGGCUCUUAACAACUCUGCAAAUGCUCUUAAUGUUUUUCUUACUGCAAACUUAAUAGUGAUUCUUUCCAUGACAGAGGAAAAAAAACUUUUCCUGCAUAAAAACUGUUGUUGUAACUGCCAUCAUCAUAACUGCAUUCUCCAACAUGCUGAUUGUGUUGGAAAGGGAACUUGUGGGAACUAAGAAAAUAAUUUGAACUGACUGAACUGACUUGAAAUGCCAGAGAUCUCCUUAAAGCACACUGUGACAUUUGACCAAGGGAGAAGUCAUAGCAUUUGAAGUGACUGCAAGUUUAUGGUCAGAUUGUCUGUGACUUAAAUUGUUGCUCAAAAAAAAAAAAAAAAGGCAAUACAACCAACCAAACUGCAGAUUGCUCAAUAAGCUGAUUAUUAUAUUUUACAUAACUUCCCUCUCCCAAUAUCUGUGGUACUUUUCCCUUUUUUAAACAACUAAUAUUUUGUUAUACUAUUGAAUAGCAAUAGGUAGAAAUGAUUAAUUAUAUUGUCUAACCUAAAUAACGAGGUAUGGUUAUAGCUUAAAAUAUGAGACUUUUUUUUUGUAAAUUAAAGUGGUCAGACUUAGCACUUUUGAUUAUUUUGCUAUAAAAUUAAAAGUAAAUUUCAUUAAAAUAAUAUUUGGUGCUGCUAGA